AUGCAAUACGAGCCUCUCGAGAAGACGAAGAACGAUAUUCGCGUUUUGAGGUUUCUGGAUCCUUUACGUCCUAUUUCGGCCGAAGACUCUAUUGAAUGCACGAUCGAAAAUGCCACAACUGAGGGCCUCCGCAACCAAGCCCACAAGCAGGUCAGCGACACUCGCUUUGCUUGGGGAGAUUUCGAAGCUUUGUCAUAUACGUGGGGCGACGUACGUGAUGUAAAAAGCAUCAUUUUAAACGGGGUGCGCAAAGACGUUUCAAAGAAUCUCGAAUCAGCGUUAAGGGCUUUACGAGAUCUACAAGAGACGCGUUUGGGUAUGCAUUAUUGGGUAGAUUCAUUGUGCAUCAACCAGGAGGAUGAAGAAGAGCGCAAUGAACAAGUCAAACGCAUGAGAGGAAUCUAUCGUCGAGCUAGGGCUGUGGUCGUCUGGCUUGGUCAAGAAGAGUCUACCGACAAAAUUGCAGUUCAGACUAUGUGGCACCUUUGCCGGAAUCCUUGCAUAGAAAACACACUCGAACUGCCAAAGGACUUACGGCUUGAUGGAUGGCCUGCCCUUUUUGCAUUUGCACAAAAGCCUUAUUGGAAUCGAGCGUGGAUCAUACAGGAGCUU